AUGAUUUAACAAGAAAAUCAAAAAUAUAAAUUCUCCUCCAAGGAUUACAUCAAUCCCAAUUCCUCCUUCAAAAAAUAUGUAAAGUAAGACAAUACAGUUGAAGACGAAUAGGAAAUCUUAAAAGAGGAAAUUCAUCGAUAAUAAUUUUCCACAGAAGAUUAUUAUGAAUCCUCCUAAAUUAACAGCGUAAACAAGAGAGGCAAGAUACAAAAGAAAAAGGAUAAAAACCACGUUUAUAAAUCAGAAACAAAAAAUAUUCCAAAAAAUUUUGGAGUACUGUUGAAAAAAUAUUUAAGCACUAAAUGGAGAGAAAACGAAGCCAUCAGACUCUUUUUAAACAAUGGGGAGAACAAAAAAAACUUCUCCAGAUAAGAUUUCACUAAACUCUUCAACGAUAAAACAGCAGCAGAGUUAUCGAGAUAGUACUUCUCCGGAUUUCAAAUUAUCCAUGAUCUCAUGAUAAGCGAGAAAAUAUAAGACGUCAAAAACCAUCUUAAAUAUAUCAGCAAAUUUUAUAAUUCUACUUACAAUAAAGAGGAGCUUGAUGAAUUAAAAUUAUAAUGA